AUGCUCGAGGGAGACAGCCUUUUGAAGGAGUCUCACCGGAUACACACUAGAGAUAUUGCAACCAUGAGGCGGGUCGCCGAUGAGAAUAUCCAACUUUCAGACGGUACCGUCAUUCCUAAAGGUGCAUUUUCCAUCGUUCUCCUAAAUUGUUUUAAGGAUCCCUCAGUCUACCCAGACCCCGAAGUGUUCAAGCCACGUCGCUUUCUAGAGAUGCCCCAACAGACCGGAUAA